AUGCCGCCCACAAUGUGGACCGGCCCUCCUUCUCUUCCAGUUUUCUCGGUGGAUAGGCUGGCCCGGCGCAACAACAAAAGCAGCGCCACGUCCGCUCCAACGUCACCUCCACUGCCCUCCCCUCGUCCCCCUCCAUCAAGUUCAGUCUCGGGCCAAUAUCACAGCCAGAACCUGGCCGACCUCCUCGAACCUGCCAUUGAUGGCCCUCCUUCGCCAGAGAGCAUAAGGGCACUGAGUCAACAAGUGAGGCAGACCUUUACCUCAUCACCGGUGCAGGCGACGCUCCGGAACCAGCAGACCUCCCCUGGCUCGACGUCUUCACUGCAGUCCCUCAACUACUCGGAUUGCCCUCCAUGGGAACAUUCCUUCGAUGCUCCUUACUCUGCACCACCACAAUUGUCGCGUAAAUCUUCUGGCCGCUCAGAAUCAGGCAAGAUGCAACAUCCAGCACGUGAGCGGACCGACAGCGUCCAAAUCUUCGGCAAGGCCUUGUUCAACCGCAAGCCCAAGUCCAACAAGAGAGAUAGCAGCACCUACAGCAGCUCUGGAUCGAGCUCCAUUUACUCACAGGAUAUUCCCCUCGACACAGCCAACCCUCCGCUGCCAGUUGCCAUCAUGAAUUUGCCCACUGCCAACCACAGCAUCCCAUCACUGUUCACCAGGAGAAAGAACGCAAGGGACUCUCUCAUUUGUGACUCGGAUGUGAAGAGGAAGUACACAAUCUCGGCACCUUACAACUUUCAGCACUUGGCGCACAGCGAGAGGGAUGGCCAGUCUGGCAUGGAGACGGCCAACAGGCUAACCAUGCAGACCGAUGACUCUCUUACACGCGCCUCGCGAGUACCUUCUGGCGGCUCUCUUGUUGGCAUUAACGCCGGGCCGGACAGCCCAGUAAACUCGUCAGAUGAGCAUCUCGGGAGCCUUGAUGAACACACCGAAGUGGGUGUAAAACCAACUCCUGUGUCUCCGAUGUCUCCAGUGUUUCCAGUGUCCCCAGUCCGCAGGAGAUAUCCUCUGAUCAAGGUGCGAUCUCGAGAGCUCAUGGAGCAGUCACCUCCCCGGCACGCUAAGCUAGACGAGACAACACCACCAGUCCCGCCUCCCCGAGUGUCCAGCCGAGUAUCACUUCGGCACGCCGGAUUGGAGUCCAUCUGUGCCUCAGCCAACCAUGACAGGCCGCAGACCAGUGGCGGCAUAUCGCAAACCUCGCAGCGGUCUACCUCGCCGGACCAAGAGGAUGACUAUCUGCACAUGCGAAAGAACAGUCGCGAGAGCAACAUCGUUCCGGCAGAGUUCAGAUUCUCGCGCGUAAUCCCGCCGGCGCCCAAUACUAACAACUGGCCUCUGGCAUGCCCGCCCGGUGCCGCCUCGCCCGAUGCACUCCCCGAUGUCCCCGAGGAGGAAGAACACGCUAUCAAGGCCCGGUCACGAGCCAGCAUCAUUAGCAGGAGCUCAUCAUUGCGAGCCAGCAAAUCGGCACCUAUGCUGUGGCAGGUUGGAACUUCCAGCCAACGACCAUCCAGCAUUGCAUCGGACACCCUUGGCCGCCUUGACAUGUCAGACUUGGCGGUUCAAUGCGUGCCAGGUGUGGACAGCAUGGCUAACGAAUCACUUGAUCUUCUCCUCAGUGACAGCUGGGAGGACGACAUCGACUACUGCUAUGAGCACGAGGCAGAGGCCGAUUGCAACUAUGCAUGGGACCGUCCAUCGCUCGACAUCUCUCGCGAAGACGACAACACAACACCCAUCGAGUUUGACUACAACGAUGAACAUUUAGUGUUUGCGCAGGGAUAUCUGCGUCCUGUCCACUUCGAUGUGCCAGCCCUGAGCCCUGUGAGCCAGGUGUCCAGAGACAGCACUAUCCUCAUGGAGGCAAUCACUCCUGUGACACCUGCUGCUCCAAUGACCUCGGCAAACUUUUCGCUGCCUAGGUCAGAUAUCCAAAAGCAAGCGUCACGCCGACAAGUACGGAAGCCGCCACAAUCAUCAUCAAACUACAAUGAAUCGCAGGGCUUCGACCUGUCGCCAACCAUGAUCAUCCCCAAUGGGGAAUUUCAACGCCAAGUUGUGGAGGAGCCCGAAUGGUAUCCUGGCCAAGAUGAUGUCCUGACGACGCGCUCUCCGUAUAGUUAUGAGGAGCCCACCCUCAACAUGGACAAGUCGGCACUGUUCGUUCAGUCUCGCGUCAGCGCCUCCACCGUGAAUAGCAUGGGCUCAGAUUUCACCAGCUCAGAUCGUCACGCAUCUACUUCGACUACAUUUACCCGCCUGACAGCCAGCACCAGCUCCAUCAAUGUCCAAGGACUAGCGGACCAGUCGACCGACACUCUCAGCACUGUGUCGCCCGAAAAUUCGAGCGAUGACUCGAUGAACAAACUCACAAAGCAGCGCAAAGAAGAGCAGGCUCCGACGCUGACACGCCAGCGGGCCAAGACCUUGAGCCAUGCCCAGAUGGCUUACUCUAAGCCGUCACUCCAACCCAACGUUCAGCAUUAUGCUGCCUACACCAUGUCUGUGUCGCGAAUUUGA